AUAGAAGAACUUGUCUUCACGUUACUUAUCGGAGUACGUACGAGUAGGACCGCUUUGAUGCAAUUUGGACAGAGUAAGCCUCUAGGAGUAAAGAGAGUUUGUGAGCUACGGAGUAGCUCAGGGUUCGACAACCAACCAGCCCAACUUUCGUCGGGGGCAACACUGAACGUUAACUAAUCCGAAAAAUCUCCGUACGGAACCUACCGAGAAGAUGAUUCAGGCAUUCUGCCUCGACUCUCUACGGAGGCCCUCUCGUACCCGUUUUCCUGGAAGAGAGCGUGUGCGUUUAAUACGGAAAGGCAUAUCUGCCACAGCCGUGUUCAAAGGCAAGUGCCGCGACCUAAAACUUUCUUGAGAAGCGGUCUUACCACAAAAAGUGUUUUGAGGACUGCUCUUGCUAUUCAAGACAGAGGACCUGAACGGCGAAGAUCUUGUCAAUCAUGUUUGCUGUUCCAGGCUGGUCGGUAUCCUCCACCGAGCUUAAAACGCAGACCAAGCCAGAAACUCCAAAGCCCACAAUCACUGAGGCGAACAAAAACAGUGAAGGUGGUAUAUCCAAGGCGUCGAAGAAGCGGAAGAGAGGACAGGGAGCGACCGGAGGUGUCAAUGUGACAGACAAGAACAUAGGGGAGCUAUGGGAUCAGGUCAUUGAAGGAAAGGUACCAGAAAAGGCAAAUAAACCCAGCCAGCCGAAAAAUGCGACCCCCCAAACCCACGAGAUCGGCGGCGAAGAAAAGACCAACAAGCGCAAGAAACUGGACAAACUGAAAGGGAAGAAGCAAGAGAAGAAGAAUAAAGCACAGCAUGAGAAAAAUGUGCAGGAAGCACAAUCAGAAACACUGCACCCGCCCUCGUCCGCAUCGUCGGGUCCUACUCCGGCAGCUCAGCCCGUCGCACCACCUGCGCCCAAUGUGAAACUCACGCCCCUGCAGGCCAAGAUGCGUGAGAAGCUCAUAUCUGCGCGUUUCCGUUAUCUCAACGAGACGCUCUAUACAACACCUUCGGCGAAUGCGCUCGAUGUCUUCUCCCAAAAUCCUGAAAUGUUCAACGAAUAUCACGAAGGUUUCAGGAAGCAAGUCGAAGUGUGGCCCGAGAAUCCGGUUGACGGAUAUAUCGAGACGCUGAAGACACGAGGGGCUAUAAAGUUCCACGGAGGCAAAGGACGAGACAAACAUCACGGUGGCCGUGGUGGAAGCAGUAAAGAUGUAGCGGGAGCGGUCCAAUCAUUGCCCCGUACCGACGGUAUAUGCAGAGUAGCAGACCUCGGAUGCGGCGAUGCGCGUUUAGCGCAGAUGUUUACAUCGGACAAGGCUGCAGCAAAGAAGCUGAAGCUUGAAAUCAGCAGCUUUGAUCUGCAAAGUCCCAGUCCACUGGUAACAAAAGCAGACAUGGCCAACCUUCCGCUCAAGGACGGUAGUGUUAAUGUGGCCAUCUUUUGCUUGGCCCUCAUGGGCACCAAUUGGAUCGACUUUGUCGAAGAAGCCUACCGAAUCCUUCACUGGAGAGGUGAACUCUGGGUAGCCGAAAUCAAAAGCCGUUUCGGUCGUGUAGGCAAAGCUGGUCGUGUUGUUGAACACAGCGUCGGCCACAGACAGAAAAAGCAGGCCGCGGGUAAACAAAAGAACAAGAAAGGCAAUGCUGCUGAAGGCGAUGACAUUGAUCCUGAAACAGAGCGUGAAGCAUUUGUCGAAAUUGAUGGAGGGAAUUUACCCAAGCAAGAGACAGAUGUCUCCGCAUUCAUCGAGGUCUUACGGAAGAGAGGCUUCGUUCUUCAACAGGAUUCCACUGCGGUCGAUCUCAGUAACAAAAUGUUUGUCAAGAUGCAUUUUGUUAAAGCUGCGACCCCAGUAAGAGGAAAAUGCGUUCCAAAACCAGGUGCAGACGAUGCCGGAGCACAAGCCAAGAAGCAGAAGCCAAAAUUCAUCGAUGCCGACGCGCUUGGCGGUCCGACUCUCGAUGAAGAGAAGACCGUCCUGAAGCCAUGUGUUUAUAAAUUGAGGUAGUGGAUCUAGCUAUGAUCCCUCGCUUACCAAAGCAUUGUCUCUCAGAGCAUCUUUUUUUCCCUUAUUGCAUCAUUUCCUAUUUUUCCUGGUCAGUCGUCGGCAAAUUAUUCAUUUCUUUGAGAAUCCAGUCUUCUAGAUAAUCUAGAGUGUGGAUUAGAUUUAGCAACAAAAAGACAAGGUGUGACAGAAGAUAUCUGAAGUAAAUUAUGGGUUUAAAUGCACUGGAUAAAUGGAUCGAAGUGAAUCAAGUGAUCUGACAAACCCAUUGAGGCAAAGGAGGGCGCAUUGGGUCAACUGCCUAAUGACGACGGCGGGCCUUGACAGAAAUUCAGAUUAGGCACGCAAACAAAAGCGCGUAUAAAAUGCAUGCAACCUUUCUACGCCGCU